AGGUGGCAUUGGAUCCCCUGGACCUGGAGUUAUAGAUGGUUGUGAGCCACUGUGUGGGUGCUGGGAGUCAAACUGAGUCUUCUGCAUGAACAGGAAGUGGUACAGUUUGAGGAACCAUUGGCCAACUUGCUAAAUGAACGACACCGGACGGUGAAAGAGCUGCUUGAACAACUGAAAAUGAAAAAAUCUUCCUCCAAACCACAGCCUGAAGUGGAGAGGCUUAAACCCCAGAAGGAGACGGUGCAUCAGGCUCUGAUUCUAGACGCAGCACAGAGGAGCAGGCUUCAGCAGCAGAUGCAGCAGCAUGUUCAGCUCUUGACACAAAUCCACCUUCUCACCACCUCCAACCCCAACCUCAGCUCCGAGGCCAGCACCACCAGAGUAUUUCUGAAAGAGCUGGGAACCUUUGCAGAGAACUCCAUCGCCCUUCACCAACAGUUCAACCCCAAGUUUCAGACCUUGUUCCAACCCUGUAACUGGAUGGGAGCUAUGCAGCUCAUUGAAGACUUCACACAUGUCAGCGUUGACUGCAGUCCUCAUAAAACGGUCAAGAAAACGGCCAGUGAAUUUCCCUGUUUGCCAAAGCAAGUUGCUUGGAUCCUGGCCACAAACAAGGUUUUCAUGUAUCCAGAGCUUCUCCCCAUAUGUUCACUGAAGGCAAAUAAUCCUCGGGAUAAGAUCAUCUUUACCAAGGCUGAGGACAAUCUGUUAGCUUUAGGACUGAAGCACUUCGAAGGCACAGAGUUCCCUAAACCUCUAAUCAGCAAGUACCUUGUAACUUGUAAGACUGCUCACCAGCUGACGGUGAGGAUCAAGAACCUCAACCAGAACAGAGCUCCUAACAACGUGAUUAAAUUUUAUAAGAAGACCAAACAGCUGCCAGUUCUGAUGAGGUGCUGUGAAGAGACCCAGCCACAGCAGUGGAGGCCUCCCGUAGAGAAGGAGGAACACCGGCUCCCAUUCUGGUUAAAGGCCAGUGUACAGUCCAUUCAGGAUGAACUUCGGAAAACAGCUGAAGGCGUUGAGGACGGAGCAACUAUGACCAGAGCCACAGAAGCCGGCACAGAUCAGCACUUAGAGAAAGCCUGCCCUGAAUUGGGGAGUGAAACUCGAUACCCACUGCUGAUGCCCAAGGAUGUAGUCCUCAAGUUGAAGCCAGAUUCCAAGCGUUUCAUCAGAAAGGCUUUGCGAUUGAACCGGCCAUUGGUCCAGAAGCCCCUUCUUAUCCAGCCCAGCCCCUGUGUUCAGCCUGGGUUCAACACAGGGAAAAUAGCAACUUGGUCAACUCAAUCAGAAGUCCUCCCAGGAAACAUAGUGGUUCAGAUUCCUCAUCUGAUCCAGCCAGCCACUGUCUUACAAUCACUUCCUGGUUUCUCUUCAGUGGCGGUCAGCGGAGAACAUAGUUUUGAGUCUUCUGCAGCACUGCCUACUAUGGCCUCCGGUCCUGAAGCCAGGACCAGCUUCCCCCUGUCUGAGUCUCAGUCACCACUGCCUUCUUCCUCUGCACCCAAGAUAAUGCUACCCUCACUCGCCCCUUCGAAAUUUCGAAAGCCAUAUGUGAGGCGGAAGCCUACAAGAAGAAAAGGAACCAAGGUUUCUCCCUGUGUGAAAGCUGCCCCCAUCAUCCACCCCACACCUGUCAUCUUCACGGUUCCUGCCGCCACAGUGAAGGUGGUAAGCCUACCCAGUGGAUGUAAUGUGAUCCAGCCUGUUAAUGCCGCCGUGGCCCCGAAUCAGACCAUUCCCAUCACCACUCUCCUUGUUAAUCCUACUUCCUUCCCCUGUCCGUUAAAUCAGCCCUCGUGGCCUCCUCCUCUCCCCUUAAUUGUUUCGAGCAAUCCUCUGACACUUCCUGUAUCAUCUGUUCCUGAAGAUAAGGUCCAAGUGAACUUGGAUAUUGCUGAAGGGAAAAAUGCUCCUCAAAACCCUGACUCCACGUCAAAUUCCCAGGAACUAAAUCCUCUCUGUGCUACUGUCUUCUCCAAAGAGGAUCCUAGGCCAUGGUGUUCUUCAUCAGGUAUGGAAAGCCAAGAAACAUCCUCAGAAUCCAGUGCCUGUGGCUGGGCUAUUGUGAAAACAGAAAACCAGGAAGCAUCCUCAGAAUCCAGUGCCUGUGGCUGGACAGGUGUGAAAAUGGAAAGCCAGGAGGGAUCUUCAGAAUCCAGUGCCUGUGGCUGGACAGGUGUGAAAAUGGAAAGCCAGGAGGGAUCUUCAGAAUCCAGUGCCUGUGCCUGGACAGGUGUGAAAAUGGAAAGCCAGGAGGGAUCUUCAGAAUCCAGUGCCUGUGUCUGGACAGCUGUGAAAACAGAAAGCCAGGAGGGAUCUUCAGAAUCCAGUGCCUGUGGCUGGACAGGUGUGAAAAUGGAAAGCCAGGAGGGAUCUUCAGAAUCCAGUGCCUGUGGCUGGACAGGUGUGAAAAUGGAAAGCCAGGAGGGAUCUUCAGAAUCCAGUGCCUGUGCCUGGACAGGUGUGAAAAUGGAAAGCCAGGAGGGAUCUUCAGAAUCGAGUGCCUGUGGCUGGACAGGUGUGAAAAAUGAAGAGGAUGGGCAAGCUUUAGAGCCAUUGCCUUUGAGUCUCCAGUUAUCUCUGAACUCCACAUAAGAUUUAGAAGAAAUGGUCAAGAUGGAAGCUGAGGAUCGUGUGGAGGAAAUAUCCAGUACCUUCCCCGAGCAGGACAUUGCUGAGAAAGUGAAAGAAGAAUACUCUAUGGAAUUAGACCGUGGCUCCCCUCAGGAGAAGCCGAGUAGUGCUAGAGAGCGGAGGAAAGAAGCAGUCGUGCAGACAGAGGAGACCCGAGCAGCUUCGUCCCUUUCCGUGUCCCAAGAGCCUGAUGAGGGGAGUCCAAGUGGAGAGGCAAGCAGAGGGUUGCCCAGAGGUACUCCGUCCUCUGUGGAGCAGGAGACGGUGCUCAGCAGGCCUCCAGGGAAGGCUGAGGACUCGAGCCAUUGCUGACAGUCAGUCUGUAGGGACCCGGCAGGACCAGACACUGGAGGAGAGAAAGGGCCUGAGGAAGAAGAGGAGGAGGACUUUGAUGACCUCACCCAAGAUGAAGAAGAUGAACUGUCGUCAGCUUCGGAGGAGUCCGUGCUUUCUGUCCCGGAGCUCCAGGAGACUAUGGAGAAACUGACUUGGCUGGCUUCUGAAAGGAGCAUGAGUCAGGAGGGUGAGUCUGAGGAGGAGAACUCCCAAGAGGAGAACUCUGAGCCAGAAGAAGAAGAGGAAGAGGAGGCUGAAGGGAUGGAAGCCUUGCAGAAGGAGGAUGAAGUGAACGAUGAAGCAGCUGGAGAUGCUGCUGAGAAGCCCCCUUCUACCUCAGCCUCACCCAAGACUGCUCCAGAAGUGGACAGCAGCAUAAGCCCGGCAGCACACUCUUCCUCCUCACCUGGAUGUUCCUCUUGAUGAUGUCCCUGAUCAGCUGAACCUUGCCUGUGCUGGGGUCCACUCCAGCCAGCGGC